AGAGGGAGGGAGCUCUAGUGCUGGUCGCCCUCGGCCACGCUGCCCCGCGCUCGCUCGCUGCUGGAGUAGCCCCGGGAACUCCCCGCCGCUUCUCCCCUUCCCCCAGCGGGCCCGCGCUCCGCGCCCGCCGCCGCCCUGAAGACGGCGAACCGACCGCGUGCCAGCCAGUUUCCGUGCGGGGCUGACGCGGUGCCCCUCACGGCACCGAACCGCCCGUACUGCCCCGCCAGGGCACCAGCGCGGGCGGGAAGGGCCCGGUUUAACUACGGCACUGGGCGGAGGCGGCUGGGAGCGGCGGGCCAGGCCGCACGGUGAGCCUCUGGGCCGCCGCCAUCAGCCCCCGCAGCGGCGCGCCGCGUGACGCCACGGCCGGCGAGGGCGCCGAUUGGCCCGCGCGGCCUGGUUCUGCACGUGGCCGCCAGCGAUUGGGCGGCGGCGCGGCCAUGGGGGAGGCGCGGCGGCAGCGGCGGGGCAGCGUGCGGUGCUACCGCUUCGCGGAGGGGCCGGAGAUGCUGGCGCUGCGCAUCCCCCAGGUGCUGGACUCGCAGUACGGGAUGUACGUGUGGCCCUGCGCCGUGGUGCUGGCCCAGUACCUCUGGGCCCACAGGAGGAGCCUGCCCGGCAAGCGAGUGCUGGAGGUCGGUGCAGGCGUGAGCCUCCCCGGUGUGGUGGCUGCCAAGUGUGGGGCCGACGUGAUCCUGUCCGACAACGAGGAGCUACCCUGCUGCCUGCAGAGUUGCCGGCGCAGCUGCCUGAUGAACGACUUGUCCCACGUACCUGUCAUAGGGCUCACGUGGGGGCGGCUGUCACCCCAGCUGCUCUCGCUUGCUCCUGUAGACAUUAUCUUAGGAUCAGAUGUCUUCUUUGACCCAAAAGAUUUUGAAGAUAUUUUAACUACAGUUUACUUCUUGCUGGGAAAGAAUCCACAAGCUCAAUUCUGGACUACUUAUCAAGUCCGGAGUGCUGACUGGUCUAUCGAAGCCUUGCUCUGCAAAUGGAAACUGAAGAACACCCACGUUCCCUUACAUUCAUUCAGUGCAGACAAAGAGCACUUGGCAAGCUCUUCUCUACCAGGAAGACAUACAAUUGAAAUGAUGAUCAUCUCACUGGCACAAUCAGAUGGUACUUAAGUUUAUUCCACUUGUUGGUUCCAAUACAAGAUGAUACUUAACUGUUUACUGUUGCAUGGAUCUGCAGAAAACAAUCCUGUUUACAGCAAACCUCAUGCAUAAUUUUUUGGGAAGCAGAUCCCCUUAGCAAUAAUUCUUAAAACAUGCAUUGUAAAAAUAAAGCUGUUUGAUUGUUCA